AUGUCCUCCGAGAAGCGGCCAGCUGCCGAGUCCUUCGGCUCCAACCAGCUCGUCAAAAGGAAGCGCUCCGAUGGAAACUUGACCAACGAUGUAGCUCUUGUCAAUGGCUCCGCGCAGAAUGGCGCCCUCAUCCAGGCCGUGCCGCGCACGAGUGGGCUGCAGUCGCCCAUCAUGGAAUUGACAGGCCAUGGCGGGGAAGUCUUCGCGACGCGUUUUGACCCUACCGGUCAGCACAUAGCAUCCGGCUCCAUGGACCGAAACAUACUAUUGUGGCGGACGUACGGUCAGUGCGAAAACUACGGCAUCCUUAGCGGGCAUAAGGGUGCUGUCCUGGACCUUCACUGGUCGCGUGAUUCCCGAGUCAUCUUCUCCGCGUCGGCAGACAUGAUGCUCGCAAGCUGGGAUGUCGAGACCGGCCAGAGGAUACGGAGACAUUUGGGCCACGAGGAGGUCAUCAACUGCAUGGAUGUCAGCAAGCGAGGAGAGGAAAUGCUUGUUAGCGGUUCGGACGAUGGCACGGUUGGGAUCUGGGACCCUAGACAAAAAGAGGCGGUGGACUACGUUGAGACCGAAUUCCCCAUCACGGCAAUCGCAUUAUCGGAAGCGGGCAACGAACUGUAUACCGGAGGCAUAGACAACGACAUCAAAGUGUGGGACAUGCGGAAGAAGGCAGUGGCAUAUUCAUUGAUGGGGCACACGGACACGAUCACAUCCCUCCAGGUUUCGCCGGACUCGCAAACACUACUCUCCAACUCGCACGACUCGACGGUUAGGACAUGGGACAUUCGGCCGUUUGCGCCAACCGACCGACACUUGAAGACAUUCGACGGCGCACCAACGGGAAUGGAAAAGAACCUGUUGAAGGCAAGCUGGGAUCCGAAGGGACAGAAGAUUGCGGCGGGGAGCGGAGACCGCACCGCCGUCGUGUGGGACGCAAACACAGGCAAGCUACUGUAUAAGCUGCCAGGUCACCGGGGCGCGGUCAAUGACGUUCGGUUCUCGCCGCGGGACGAGCCAAUCAUCGUUACUGGUUCGUCGGAUAGUCUGGUGAUGCUGGGAGAGCUUGGGAAAUAA